AUGAGUAUUGAGGAAAGAAGGGUUGUUGCAGAGUCCACAAAAGUACUGGAAAAUGUUCUUUUGCAAGAAGAUGAUCCCGAGAAAUUCACCAAAAUUGGAACAGGUAUGAAGGAGAAGGCAAGAAAAGACCUCAUCCAGUUCCUGAGAAAGAGUAUCGAUGUUUUUGCAUGGAGUCAUGACGACAUGCUGGGAAUCAAUCCAAGUAAGAAGAGGGUGUUCGCUCCUAAGCAGGAUAAGGCAAUCAAAGAAGAGGUUCAAAAACUGACCACGGCACAGUUUAUUAAGGAAGUCUGUUACUUGGAUUGGUUAGCCAAUGUGGUGAUGGUGAAGAAAGCAAAUGGCAAGUGUAGAAUGUGCGUAGAUUUCACUGAUUUAAACAAGGCUUACCCUAAGGAUAGUUAUCCUUUGCCACGCAUUGAUCAAUUGGUGGACUCUACGGCUGGCCAUCAGUUGUUGAGCUUCAUGGACACCUUCUCAGGAUACAAUCAGAUAAAGAUGGACGAAGUUGAUCAAGAAAAGACCUCUUUCAUUACCAGCCAAGGUUUGUUUUGCUAUAAGGUGAUGCCCUAUGGUUUAAAGAAUGCAUGGGCAACUUAUCAAAGGUUGGUUAAUCACAUGUUUUGUCCACAGAUAGGACGGAAUGUAGAGGUCUAUGUCAACGACAUGCUUGUGAAGAGCAUAGAUGAGGGAAGCCAUUUGGACGAUCUACAGGAAACUUUUGAAACACUUAGGCAAUAUAAGAUGAAAUUGAACCCAAGUAAGUGCGCAUUCGGAGUAUCGUCGGAAAAGUUUUUGGGGUUCAUGGUUUCGCAAAGAGGAAUCGAAACAAAUCCAGACAAGAUCCAAGCCAUAUUGGAUAUGGAACCACCAAAGAAUAUCAAGGAAGUCCAAUCCCUCAUUGGACGACUUGCUGCUUUGAACAAUUCAGCUCUAAUCAGGAAGGAAGGAAAAGUACAAAAACCCGUGUACUACACUAGCCGAGCACUCAGAGGAGCAAAGGGAAGGUACCCACUGAUAGAGAAAUUGGCUUUUGCACUAAUAACAGCUUCUAGAAAGUUAAGACAUUACUUCCAAGUUCAUGCCAUCAAUGUCAUGACGAACCAUCCGCUUAAGAAGGCAAUGAACAAGCUGGAAGCUACAGGACAGCCGAUUCAAUGGGCAGUGGAACUUAGUGAAUUCGACAUUCGGUACCAAUCGAGAAAUGCAAUAAAGGCCCAAGCCCUAGCAGAUUUCAUUGCAGAGUUCACUCCGAGCUACGAGGAUUUUGGUGAAAGAGAGUACAAUGAAAAACGGGUCGUCCAUGUAGAUGGAUCGUCUACAUUGCAUGCUAGAGGAAUAGGAGUUGUUUUGCAAUCACCAGAAGGAGACAAAUUAAAGUACAAGGCUCGUUUUCAAUACCAAACUACUAAUAAUGAAGUAGAGUAUGAAGCCCUUUUAAAGGGGUUGGAGUUGGCUAAGUCUAUAGAAGCAGACUCAAUACUUGUCAUGGGAGACUCUUAG